AGCAGGUAUUGCGGCGUCACUAGAGGACAGAGAUCCCCAAGUCCGCGUCCGUUCUCAACCACCUCUCUCCCCGCGAGUAGCCGCGACGUUCCAGUGUCCCCCCUUCAAAGGUCACUCCCGAAACAGGAAGGUUGGGCGGGCUUGCGCAAGCGUGAUAAGACGGAUCUGCGCCUUUUUGCGGCUUGCCCGCCGCCCUCUUUCUUCUUACAGCAUUCCCACUAUUAAGACCUUGUUGCGCAUGGGGACUGUGUCACUUGUUACAGCUGAUAUUUUGGCACAUCCUGCUAGGUAUUGCACUUCUCCAAAUUUUGGUGUCCAAAGGUGUGUCCAUGGAUUGCCCGCCCGGUCCUUGCGGCGUGGGGUAAAGCGCACCGCCAGCGCCCCGUCAUUCCCGUCUUGGACCGUGGAAAGCCGAUGGGCCACCGGGAAAGGGACAAGAAAGAAAGAGGAACGUGUAAGACAAAUAAGAAGAGAGGUGCGCCCUCCUUCUCGCCGGGAAACACGGAUAGGACGAGGUGAGAUUGCUGCGAAAAAGACCUUACCACUUGAGAACUUCGUAUUUGGGGGGAAAAAAAACAAAAAACAAGAAAGGGUGAAAAGUGGUGUUUGGUUACCACUUACACCGGACUAUAUCCUCGGCUUCGCGUGUCGAGACAUACUGUUGUGUGACAACCAUUCGAAACGAAGAGAGACGACACCUCUGAACUCACGACAUCGUUGAAAACGAGGCAGAACAAGUGAAAAUGGAGACGAGUCACCUCUGGGCCUGGCUUGGCCUCGCCGCCGUGGGAGGCGUGCUCUACGUAAGUCCCAGUCCUCAACAUUGCCAACAAUGAGGGCUUGAUGAAGCCGAUCAAUGUUGGUGGGAAAUAAGAGGAAGCUGGUCUGACAGCCAACGAAAUAGGUCGCUGGUAUCGUCGUAUACCG